UUGUACAAUCAAAAAUUGAUCUUAAAUAGAAAUAUGUAUAAAUUUUCCUCAUCUUCCCUAUAGAAAUAUGAGGGUGUCAUUAAUCCAAGCAUUUUUUCUAUUAGUUUCUUCAUUUUCAACCUUUGCCUAUGGCGGCAACCUCAACGAUGACAUUGAAAUUCAAUGGGGUGAUGGCCGCGGCAAGAUUUCAUCAGAUGGAAAACUCCUUUCUUUAUCCCUUGAUAAAUUCUCCGGCUCUGGCUUCUUUUCAAAGCACAAAUAUCUCUUUGGGAGACUAGAUAUGGAGAUCAAGCUUGUUCCUGGGAAUUCUGCAGGCACUGUCACCACAUUUUAUUUAUCGUCACAGGGGCCAGCCAUGGAGCCUAACCAUGAUGAGAUCGACUUUGAAUUUCUUGGAAAUUCAAGUGGAAACCCUUACACAUUGCACACAAAUGUUUUUGCUCAUGGAAAGGGUAACAAGGAGAUGCAAUUCAACCUGUGGUUCGAUCCAACACAGGAUUUUCACACAUAUUCCAUCCUAUGGAAUCCAAAAAAUAUCAUCUUCUUGGUCGAUAAUGUUCCAAUACGAGUUUUCAAGAACCAUGAAACAUUAGGAGUUCCAUUCCCAAAGAGCCAACCAAUGAAGUUAUACUCAACGUUAUGGAACGGUGAAGAUUGGGCCACGCAGGGAGGGAAAGUAAAGACUGAUUGGAGCAAGGCACCAUUUAUAGCAUACUAUCGCAACUUCACCGUCAAUGCGUGUAUUUGGUCUCCAGCUGAAGGUCAAUCUAGUUGUCCUUCAAGCAAAAACACGUGGUUUCGCCAAGAGUUAGAUGUUGAGAGUUAUAGGAAGAUGAGAUCGUUGCAGAAGAAGUAUAGGACAUAUAACUAUUGUAAAGAUAUGAUGCGGUUUCUUGGUGGUACUUCUAGAGAAUGCACAGUUAGGGAAAAAGAUAUCUAAAACUAUGAAUUUUGUAAAAGAAAAUUAUCCCGAACAAUGUCUGAAUUGCCAUCUAG